AUGGCGGAGAUAGAGCGUCGGCCCCGUCGAUCGUAUGCCGAAAAGGGCGCUGCCCCACCUGCACGACUCACUGUGACCUUCCAAAACCUGCCCAGUGACAGCAGGACGAAGCUGGAUGCUCUGCUGAAAGAGUGGGCCAGAUGGCACCGGGACACCUACCUCGAGGACUACGUCCCUCCCGACACCACGUCCGGCACCCUAACCGUCGACCCGGGGCUGGUGGCUCCCAGGGACGCCGACCAGCUGCCGGCGGUGGAGGAUGUCCCGGCAGACCCCGCACGGCGAGGGGUCGACACCCUGUGGUUCAACAUCCAGUACGAGAAGAGCGCAGACGGGGCGGUGCCCGCGUACGACAGGGCGCCCGGCCGGCCCCUGCGCCUGGCGGGGCAGAAGCGGUCUGCCGCAGCACUGGGUGGCGCACAGGACGGCGCCCGCGGGGACGAGGGGGCCGUGCCUCCCGCCGCGCCGGUCGAGGCCCCCACCGCACCGCGCUGCUUCAACUGCGGCAGCUACUCCCACACCCUGAAGCAGUGCUGGCACCCCAUGGAUGCCGAUGCCGUCCAGGCGGCUCGGGAGGCCAGGUCCUCAAGCGCGGGGAGCUACAGCGCCGCUCCCCGGCGCUACUUCCUGCCCGGGGCCCCCGAGAGCAGGGGCACCGGCGGCGGCCCUGGCGCGGCAGGCCCGAGCAAAGAGUCUGGCCUGGCCAAGGAGUUUCCCGAGGCCCAGCCGGGGCAGCUGUCGGCGGAGCUGCGAGGGGUGCUGGGCCUGUCCGCGCUGGACCCGCCCCCCUGGCUGCAUCGCAUGCGGGUGCUGGGCCUGCCGCCGGCAUACGAUCCAGGGUCGGGGGCGCUGGGUCCGACUGGCGACGGCAUGACUGAAGGGGGGAGCGGGCUUGAGUGCAACGGCGACGCGCUCCGCAGCAGCCCUGCAGGCGGGACUCGCAGCCAGUCACCUGUGCCAGGUAAUCUGCAGCGCCCUGGAGCCGAGGGCGACGACUUCAUCCCCCUGGCGACCCCGAGCGAUGGGGCGCCCGCGCCCGCCGCAGCUCUGUCCCUGCAGGUGCCGGCUUUCCCUGGGGUCAACGCCCCCAUCCCGGAGGGCGCAGACCCCGAGCGAUGGCGGCCCGCCGCCCGGUCACAGGUGGCGCAUGCCUCAUGUGGCCGCGCCGGGGUCGCAGUGCGGACGGGGACCCCGGGCCGCGUCAGCCCCGGGACUGCCCGCGCUUGGGAGGGCGGCACUGACUGUGCGGCCCCGGCUGUAGGAAACCCGACGCAGCCGCCCCUUCCUUCCUGGAUGCCGGAACGGGGGCCAGCUGCGAGCACGCCUCCACCAGACCAGGGAACCUGGCGGUACGGACCCAGCGGCUGGCAGUACGUCGGGCAGGAAUGGGCCCAGCACCCGCCCCCCAUGCAGAGUGCGCACACAGGUCCCGGAUCCAGCAGCUACCCCGUGCCGCCGGGGCCCGUCGGCGGCGCGUAUGCCGCACCAGGGCCGCCCGGCAACGGCAUGCAUGCCGGCUCCAUGUCUGGUGGGCACGCCGGCCCCAUGCUCAGCCACCCCCCCCACCCCUCGCUUCAUUGGCAUGGGAGCCAGGAGCAGGGGUGGGCGCCGGCGCAGACAUAUGCGGGGCCGGGUGGGGAUGUGAGUCAGCAGCCAGCGUCGGCGUACCAGGCGCCCCCAGCGCCAUAUCCGCCCCUGCCCCAGCAGUACGCACCGGCAGCGAACAUGCAGGGCCUCCCGCCACUGCCCCCAGACCCCGGUCCUGCGCAGGCCUACUAUCCCACAACAUACCCCAUGGCUGCCUGGCCGGGUGGGUAUCAAUGA